AUGAGGAUGAUAAAAUACAGAUAUUCACUGCCACAUCUGCCUACGUUACAUGCAGAGUUUACUUAUUACUAUUAUCCCAAAGACGAUGGUUAUCCAUUACCUCCUCCCAAACUAUUCGCCCACAUGAACCCAAUCCAGAUAACCUUGGACACGGAUACCUGUCUCUGGUUGAAUGCCUUUGCCCUAAAUCUGCAUCAAUCGUUAACUAGUGCCAGUCUGAUGUGUCCAGAAACAAAGGCUGCUGCGGAUGGUUCGCCUGUUGCUCAACCUAAUGACAAAUCAAUGUAUGUUGAUGUUAAACUGGAAGCAAUCAUGACUAGGAUUAUUUUUGAGUCUACAAAGGAAUAUACGAAUCAAAAGGAUCGACCAGGAUCGUUACAUAUUCAGAUAUCACGUCUUUGUGCAAGUAAUGUCCGAGAACGUGAUGGUUCCACUAGAGUUGAUCUCGAAUCCUGUCUGGACAGAUUGCAAAAUGGAGGCCUGGUGUUUGCUGAAGAUUUCCCAACUGCUAGAAACGACUUCAAUAUUGUACAUAGCAAAUUUUUAUCUCAUGUUCACGGUCAAGAUGCCGUGAGACCACAACCUCCAAAAUUAUCCCAACUACCUCUAGCAGAGGCCAAAUCAAGACUUUAUCGUGAAAUGCUGUGGACAGAAAGCAGAGAUGUGUUCUGCUUGCGCCUGGAUCCAAUUUGGGCUGAUUUUUAUGGAGCCAAGUCUGUUGGCAAAACUAGACCAGUUCCACUUUUGGACGCUUUACCAGUUACUAUAUGGUUGUACAGAAAUCCGGAUAAUUCCUUUACCAAACUUCAACCGACACACGCAGAGAUAAACGCUCUGAUUUCAAUAAGCAAUUUGGUCAGUGUGCAGAUCAAUCAUUAUCAAUACCUGUUCCUGAUGCGACUUAUGGAAGAAGUCGCUGAGUUGACUACAUUUUUGUCACUUGAUUCGACUAGAAUUUUGAAGCAGGACACUGCUGGAUCUUUGCUUGUGGCUGGUGUUAUUCCUCAAAUAGAGGUGACACUUGUGAUGGCUUGUAUGAACACCAGCAAGGAAUCAAGUGGUGAUAUGGAAUCGAUGAUACAUGACUCAGCUAGUAUUGCAGAAGAUUUGCACAUGGCUGCCAGUGGUUUUACAAACAACUCUUCGGUUUGUUCAACAACAAAAAAAGCAACAUCAACUGAUUUGCCACAGUCGCCUUUAUACACUCCAGAAAAUGAACAGGCUUAUCCGAAUAAUAUUCAACAGCAUGUUGAUAUUACGGAUCACAGUGCACCUUCUAGUCAACAUUCUAUUCUUACAAGAAAAAAUACGAAUGAUAGGAUGCCAGCCAACAUAACGCCUCCAAAGAUUCCUUCUGAUAUCAGUUUUCCAAGCAUAUCGAAAGAUAUAAAUGCAGGACUAUCCACAAUGAAACGAGGUUUUACAAGUUUAAUGAAUCGUAUGGACUCUGCAAAAAAAGACUUCACACUUGAUGAUGUCACAAGUGAUACAAUGUCGAUCAGGAGUGACCUCAGUGAUGAUGAUAGUGAUAAUUUUAUUAUGGUAGCGGCAUUAAAAGGUGACGAUCCAGAUAGUCAGGAAAGUCACAAUUGCCUGGACGCCAUGUUCAGUGUAAACACAUUUACUCAAAUGGGCGAUGCCGAAGUGAUAAAGGCAUCACCUAUAGAAGUAGCUAAUGAAGUCCUGGUUUUCGAUGAACCUGUCAGGACAAGUGCAAGUACACCCACAGAACAAUCACACGACAGUUGCAAACGAAAAGAUUUGAUAUCAAUGUCGACUUUCAAAAUAUCAAAUGUAGAGUUUGCCCAACAAUCUUCCGGUUUCAAUUCAAGCACCAAAGUUCAAUUUUAUGAACUAGGUUGCGAUGAAUGCAGUUGCAUACCCUGGGAUGAAUUACAGCGCGACAAGACGAAGAACAAGUUUGCAUCCCGUUCCCGAGUCUGGUCGUCGAACACAGCCAGUAGCAACCAGACUGCAACGACCAACAAUGAAAAUGUCGACUUUCCCUCGACCACUGCAGCAGAUACAAUGGUGAAAAUAAGUGAGCCGAAGGUCAGGCUCAGGCUGGACCACUUUCCAAAAGGAUUUGUGGAUAGUGGGAGUGCGCUCACUGUGCAAAAGUGCUCGGACGCCAUGAGUUGGUUCGAGGACAAAUUAGAAGUCAGAGUAGAUAAUUUAGAAAUGUCUUUGAAUAUGAGCACUGUUGCUGGAUUAGUUGACUUUAUAGAAGACGAAGUUGUACCAAAUCCAAUACCAAUGCAAGUUAUCCUGAACAAUGUAGUCACGUCCCUUUGCGAAGACCGACAAUCACACAGCCUGAUGCAGUCUGGUUCCGGAUCAGUAUCCAGCCAUCCUCAGCUCCAUCAUCCGCCAAUCAGGUUCUGUGUUGAAGAGAUGGUUCUGUCCAGAGAUGAAACUGGAGAAUUCAGGAUACCGAAAUCAGAACGCCACAGGCUGGACGGCAGAGAUGGGUUAUUGGACUUGGAAACUGAUCGAAUCAGAAAACAAGAAGAGAUUAAGAGACAAGAGGAAAAGGCUGCAGCUGCUCGCCAUACGUUAAGUUUGACGAAUCUAGUCGGACACUUGGAGUCCAAUAUUGAAGUUCUUAAUAAGAAAAUUUCUGAUCAGAAUAGGACUAUGCAAAGUUAUAAGCAAGAAAUUGGAGUUCUGAAAAGUCAUUUAGCGAGUGCUCAAGAGGAUGUUGAAACGUUGCUUAAUGAGAAGAAAAAUCUUUUAGAUACGAUAAGAAUGUUGCAAGAUCGAUUGGGCAACACAGACUCGAGUUAUCAAAAUUUCAAUUCAAAAAGAUAACAUUGCUGUUUGGACUGCACAAACUGCUGCAGCGUCAAAAGAUCCUAGUAGUUUUAGAAGGGCCUGUUUUUGGGGAAAAUGGGGACGACUGGAUACGACCAGGUGUAAUAUUAUGUGCAAUACUGGAACCGUCUAAGUAAUAUAGUUUACUUUAUUUUUAAAAAUAGAAAACAGAUAUAAUUAAUUAACAUG